UGAUAUCGUGCUCAGUGUAUGCAAAUUUUGUUUAAACAAAUUAUUACAUGCCUUACCUAAGUAAACAUUUAUCUGGUGAUUCCCGUUAUAUUGUAAACCAUGAUGAAUAUGAAUUUAACCCAUACUCGUUAAAACAUAAGGUUUACUGAGAUGUGGGCAUAAAUAGUUUGGUACUUUAUCAAUAUGCACAAAUAAAACAAGCUUGAAACAUAUCAGUUGACAAUGGCGGGAUUAAUGAGACAAACAAUUCAACGCAUGAGUGGAAAAAGAGAAAAGGAAUUAACAGACAUUACUGAGUCGUUACAGAAGCAAUUAGCAAUUAAAGAACGGCGUAUUUCAAAUCUGGAGAUGACAUUGUCAAGCAUCCACGAUGUCACGAGUAUACAUAGCUUCCAGCCUGGGGAGGGCUCUUCAUCUGCUGCAAUGAAAAUUUCACAGAUCAGAGCUAUGUCUUCCCGAGAAAAUAUUACAGUAGAAAAUGAAGAUGACAAAAGUUUUGUUGCCAAAAUCAUUCAGAUUUUACGUGGACGAAAUGGACAACCAAUUCAAAACAUCGAGGAAAUGAAUGUCAACGAUGCCAGCAAUCAAAUAUUCCAAGCCAUAUAUCGUUUACUGUUUCUUAUAGGAGAUGUGUCCUGUCAGCAGUUGUUAACCGAGCUAGGACUUCGAAGAGAAACGUGUCACAUCGGUGAAACUGAAAAGCUCGACGCCAUUCAUUUAGCUAAUAUAAUCAUAAGUUGGACCCAUAUAUACCCAGGAUGUUCAGAGGAUACGUUUUUGAAACAUGUCCACGAAAUUGAGAAACGUUUGAUCCGGGAAUCUGAGAUUUCUGGUACAACCAAUGCUGAGUCUCCCGAUACCGCAAAAUCAUCAAGCUUUGAAUAUUCCCAUAUGCAGAAAGAAACGCUUGAGAUAGUGAAGCAAAAUCACCAAAUAUUACAGGAAUUGAGGGGAAGAUUACAACCACAGGAGGCAUCUAGAGUUCCACGUGGUAUGGCAGUGCAGGACACCGAAGUUCAUGUGUGAAUUCUCGUCUAAUAUAAUGGAGUUGUAUACAAUGUUUCGUAUAAGUUCUUGGUUUAGUUUUCUUGCCUGUCCAAAGGUUUAUUAGCAUGUUCAUGGUAAGCGCAACAACGAGGUUCGUCUGGUAAUAGUGCAAUUGUUCAGUUGCCUUCCAAAACGUUAUCAAAAUUAUCGAUUUCUUAUGCAAAAUGGAGUUUAAUCUUUAUUGUAUAUUAUUUCUGUAAUUUUAAAUAAAAAUGUGUAUUAUUUCUUAGCGUGAAUUUAUCACGUUUUCGAUCGAAUUGCUUUAAUCUUUGAACAAAUGAUUGCAUUUCUUACUACAUAUUGUAAAAUAAUUUGAUAAUGUCAGUUUUUAUGUAGAUGAUAUUGCAUUUUGUUGAUCUCGGUAGAUAAUCGAUACGUAAUCACUCGUGAUUACAGAAAAAAUAUUUUCUAUGGUCAUGAAUGAAUAAAAGUUGAAAGUUUACUUAAACUCGCAAAAUUUUCUUUUAAUUUCCACCGCUUAUUAACAUUUUGAAGGAGUUCAGCGGGCGCAUUUCGCUUGAAUCAUUACGUCAUGACGUGAAAAACACUAAGUCAUUUCACAUUAAACUGCAAAAAAAAUAAAUAUAAUUUUAUAUAAUUUUUAUUAUUUUUUGUUAUAAACAAUGAUCUUUUUUUAAAUCACUGUACUAUUGAUUCGAUAUAAACCAACGAAACGCAUUAAUUAAACAAUAUUUUAAAGGUCACUUUAAAACUCGUGGAACAAUUAAAAAGUUAGUCCGGCUGCAAUUAAAGCGGCAAACUCAUAGCCCUGAACGGAUAUUGACUGACAACGGGUUUUGGCUGAUGGUUAAUUCCAGUGAGCCCGUUCAUUUAUUAGUUUUUUACCGGACAUAUUAAACACCUAUUCUUAUCCAUAAAUGAAAAUGAAUGUAAAUGGUUAUGCUCUAAAAGAAUGCUGUCACUCCAUCAUAAACGAAGGUAGUUUUUCAGAAAUUGAAGUGUUAUAUUGUAUAAUAUAUGUAUAUAAUAUAAUAAUCUUUAAACGCUGA